AUGGCUGCUUCCCUUGACCUACAGGCUUUCAUCCUCCGGGCAAGGGUGCUGAAGUUCUAUAGGCAUGCACUAAGAACUGCUCGACGAGCUCCCAUUCAUGCUAGAGCUGAACUGAUGCAGACAAUUAGGCAAGAGAUGGAGAAUAACCGACACUGUGAUGAUAAGCAAAAAAUCCGUUAUUUGAUUAGUGAAGGAAUGGAGAGAUUGAAGGGUCUAGAUGAGAUGCUUGAUAUGCAGGGUCAUUAA